AUUACACGGCUGGAGGCUGCCUUCACAACCAGAAUUCUCCUCGGGCACAAGGCUGCCAGCUCAACACGAGUAGCUCUGUUAAUUUCAGCAACAACCGCCGAUGAUUUACAUCUUCCAUUUUAAAGAGAUCAUUUUCUUACUCAUACAAAGAGUUGUAUUGUCUUGCUAUUUCCCUGCCUUCACCUUUACCUUUCCAUCUCCGGUUCAGUAGAGAUGACUAAAUUUCUUUCCAUAGCCAUAGCCAUCAUCAUAGCUUUUCUUCUCAGCCAUGGAAUCGACAUGGCCACAGCUUCAACAUUGUGGGGUGACCAAGAUUUCUUCAAACAGUGCCCAUGGUCCCGAUGCAGCAAAAAUGGGCCUGAGAUCCGGUUUCCGCUCCAACUUGAAUCCAGCAAUUCAUCAUGUGGAGCAACAUGCGUGAAGAUAGAAUGCUCUGGCCAAGACACUGUCCUACUUCACCCAUUUCUUGGCCCAUUCAAUGUCACUGCCAUAGAUUAUAGUCGUGCCACACUUAGCAUCGCCCCGCUUGUGCAAGCAUGCCAUAAAGUUCAGAAGUUGAUCUCGCAAAGUGUACCAGCCAACUCCAGCCAUCAGUGUAGUCUCUACGGUGAACCAUGAAAGCUUUUAGGCUGUUCAAGGGAGAUCCCGCCAAUUCACAAUUUUAUGGCUAGCCCAUUCUCCUGCCUUAGCAACGCAACCCACUUCUCAUAUUUGGUGAAUGCUAAACAACCCGUGUAUGUUCUUCCAUUGAACUGCAGAGUCAUCUCAGAUGUUGUCCUUCCGAUAUUAGGUAGCCCAGAGCUUUGGCAGCUGGAAGAAGAGGCCCAGAGAUUUUAUGAGAUGAAAGUCUGCUGGUAUACAGGGUCAUCAUCCGUUGCCUUCAACUGCACACGGUGCGAACAAGAUGGGCGACCCUGCGCAUUCAGCUCACAAAGGAAUCAAACAUUUUGUGUGCCUCAUCCUCACGGUUCACAUGUCAAAAUCAUUGCAGCUACAUCAUCAGGGGGUGCCUUUGUUGUUCUUGUGUUGAUGGUGGCUACCGCACUCUAUCUUUCACUGAAGACAAGAUAUAACAGAGAGAUACAUUUGAAGGUUGAAAUGUUUCUCAAUACACAUGGAAAAUCAAAAACCACAAGGUACACUUUCGCUGAAGUUAAGAAGAUGGCGAGACGGUUCAAGGUUAACUUAGGACGUGGUGGAUAUGGAAGUGUAUACAAAGGCGAGCUACCAAAUGGAGUUCCUGUAGCUGUCAAGAUGCUAGAGAACUCUAUAGGAGAGGGACAGGAAUUCAUCAAUGAAGUUGCAACUAUUGGACUAAUCCACCAUACAAAUAUUGUCCGCCUCCUGGGAUAUUGCUAUGAAGGAACAAGACGGGCUCUUAUUUAUGAAUUCAUGCCUAACGAGUCACUGGAGAAAUACAUAUUCUCUCGUGACUCUAAUAUUUUUCAGACUCUCUUAGUACCUGAAAAAAUGCUAGAUAUUGCUUUAGGCAUUGCACGAGGAAUGGAAUAUCUACAUCAAGGAUGCAACCAGCGCAUUCUCCACUUUGACAUCAAGCCUCACAACAUCUUGCUGGACUACAACUUCAAUCCAAAGAUUUCAGACUUUGGCCUAGCAAAGCUGUGUGCCAGGGACCAAAGCAUCAUUACAUUAACUGCAGCAAGAGGCACAAUGGGCUAUAUUGCACCGGAGCUAUAUUCCCGGAACUUUGGGGGCAUAUCCCACAAGUCAGACGUGUACAGUUUUGGCAUGCUGGUGUUGGAGAUGGUGAGUGGUAGGAGGAACUCAGACCCAAGGACUGAGAGCCAGAACGAGGUAUACCUCCCGGAAUGCAUCUAUGAGGAAGUUAUCGCUGGCCAGGACUUGGCGCUUACAGGGGACACGGCAGAAGAAGAGAAAGAAAAGGUUAGAAAACUAGCCACAGUGGCACUGUGGUGCAUCCAGUGGAACCCAAAGAACCGUCCCUCGAUGACAAAGGUGGUAAACAUGUUGACAGGGAGGUUCCAGAAUCUACAGAUGCCCCCAGGGCCUUAUGUCCCAUCCGAAAACCAUGCUAUCCCUUAAAAAACAUGGAGAAAAGCAUCACCAUGAUUUUAGUCUACAUGUUGGUUGGUAUUGGACAGCACAAGCAUGCACCUUAUUUCUAUCUGUCUACUCUAGAACCUGUUGUACCAAUAAUCAGUUGUGACCAUGUGAUAGUUGAAACAUAUGUGAUUCAUAUUGAACUUA